UACAAUUUACUUUGAUAAAUUUUCUUUGAGUUAAAAAAACGUUUAUGUAGUUAAAAAGUGUCAGUCGGUUUCGUAAAUUAUCCAUUAGUACAGCGUAUCCGAGAGCGGCACAUAUGCUUGAUUAUAUGCGCUCUGUAUGGGCAUACAUGAAUGAUCAAAAUCUUCCUCAUGUUCAUACAGCUAGUAGUCCUAGGUGGCGUGGACUUUCUCGCUUGCAUUUACAUUCAUUGGCGCAUCAAAUUAUCAUGGUUCGUCGUCAUUCAAAGGGUGGUACUUCUGCUCGUGCACAAUUGAAAGCAUAUCGUACUUCGGGACUUUUACCUCCGCGUUUUACUGAUAUUGGUUUAGCUUAGCCGUUUACCAGAGCUGCAGUGGCGAAAGUGAGUUGUUCGUUUGUUCCACUCCAAAAAAAACUUUUCGUCUGUCUGUUAGGGUUUAUGCCGUAUUACGUCACCCGGUAUCGGGUGACACAAUCCCGCUUUUGAGGGAACUCAUAAAAACAGUGGGAGAUAGUUCUAUCGAGGGAGCCCUCCCAAAAGAAGGUUGAAUCCACACACUGCUGCCUUCUGUCCAACACGCGCUUGGAGUACAAAAAGAAGGGAACACGCUUCCAGAAUUGGGUCGGAUAGCAGAUUGCACUGUGGAGAGAUGUGCAGCUCGAGGCGGCCAAGCAGUUCAUUAUACUGGUCACAGCUACUCUAAAGACAGCAUCAUAGUAGAAUCAGGGGAAAACGUGAAACAACUAAGGGAAGGUGUGGCUCAAAUUAAUCAGGGUCGAAGUCAAAGGGGCAAACCCUUGAUUGGACAGAGGUCAUGAAGUGGACCUGGACAUUUUCGGCAUUGUUGAUGAAUUUUUGGUAUCAAUGG